ACCUGACGUUAUCACGUGACGUCACAACGCGACAAUGACCUCUCCUGCUAGCUAACGCUGGCUAGCCGGGAGAACUUCGCAAAUAUCGCAACGGAGCCGUCUAAACUUCAGCAAUGGGCCAAACGAAGCAGGAAGAAGGAUACGGAUACGAGUUAUUCCCGGAGAGGAACGCGGGGAACAAGAAGGUCUCCGUCGCACAGAGCCUAUUCACGUUCAACCACCAGUGUCAGGUCAUGUUACAGUUAGCCGUGGAAACCAGUCCAUAUGCCAAACUCCUCCUCAGUGCCAUGAAGAAUUCUGGAUGUACAGUGUAUAAAGACCGCCAUUUUGUCUGUGAAGAUUGUGACGGGACGGUCAGCGGCGGAUUUGACGCAGCCACGUCCCAAAUUGUCUUAUGUCAAAACAACAUCCACCAGCAGUCGCACAUGAACCGGGUGGUUACGCACGAGCUCAUCCACGCCUUUGACCAUUGUCGGGCCCAUGUGGACUGGUUUAACAACUUCAGACAUUUAGCGUGUUCUGAGAUUCGUGCGGCCAACCUGAGCGGCGAUUGCUCCUUCUCCACUGAGGUGGCCCGAUUCCACUUCGGCAUGAAGCAGCAUCACCAGGAGUGCGUCCGCGGCCGCGCCCUUCGCUCCAUCCUUGCCGUGAGGAAAAUCAACCGGCAGGAGGCGGAGAAAAUUGUGGACGAGGUCUUCGACACGUGUUUCAACGACCACGCGCCCUUCGGUCGGAUCCCGCACGGCAAGAAGGACGCCAACUUUGCCCGCAGGGAUUACGACAACAGGGAGCGGUAUUAUGCAAAUCUUUAGACGACACUCUCCGCAUCCUAAUCGCAAUGUCACCCAGCAACGGAGAAAUAGACUCCAAAUCGGGCUCUCAUUAAAAGUCACACGUACACACACGGCGAACAUGAUGAGGUUUAAUUUAAGGGAGCUUAGAGAGACGACGACAACAAGCUUGUAGGGAAAAUGAAAAGGAGAGACGGAGAAUUAGACUCCUUUUUGGAUUAGUUUACUAAACAAAUAGUGCAAAACAACAGAUUUACCGCCGCAAUUUUAGACUCAUCAAAUGCUCGCUGUCAAACAUAUUUUCAUCACUCGGGCAGUCCAAACUUUACAUGCAGUAUUUGUUUUGUUUGCAGUGUUGUUCUCCGCGCAUCACAUUCAAGCUGCAUUAUUUAUAAAUAUUGAAGUCGUUCUAUUAUUCAAAAUGUUUACCUGUCAUGAACUUUUCAAAAUUUAGAGUGUGCCUCUUAAGAUUCAAUUAUUUAUUCCUAAAAUCGACGUCAUGAUUUUUUUUUAAUUAAUUUAUCGCUACAUACAAUUUGUUAGUAUAUUAAUUAUAAGUAAUCAAAUAAAAUAACUCAAAAAAUGCAGACACAUUAAAAAUAUUUUAUUCAAUAAUUACUUAUUUACAUUAAAUGUCAGUAUAUUUUGUAUACAAUUUUUGUUCAUAAAUUGCGCCCACCCGAAACUACUAACUUGUAGUUCCUGCUCUGUCCUCUAGAGUUCACUGUUGGCUCACUUAUCUCGUAAUCUGAUUCUGUUCAAACUUGACAAGGAAACUGCUGUCCUUCUUCUUACUGGUACACAUAAUUGAAUCCGUCUCACCGAGUCUUGCUUGAGCAGAGAUGAGACGCUGUAAUAAAAAGUGCCACCGAGGAGACA